CACGUGUGCGCGUGCAGCAGCUGCCGAAGUAUAAAUACUGCUUCUGCUGCCUCUGUUCAGCUUUGUCUGUUGCUUCUGCUGUUUCUGCUGUUUCUGCUGUUUCUGCUUUCUUCUUUCUCUUGUCUCAGCAUGGCGUUCAACCAGGCUGGUCAGGCCUCCAAACACACCCACCACCACCACCUCCAAUUCAGCGACACCAACGACUUCACCAUCAGGGACAAGUCCCUCAUCAACAGCAUCAACGACAUCAACCUGAGAAUCAACGACUCUAUCACUGCUGAUGCUUUGUCCUCGUUGCAUCUAAAGCAGAGUGAUGUUCUAGGGCCCCACAACGACGUCUCUCUGAUUAAUAAUCACCCUGUCCAAAGCGUCGACAACAGCUCUGGUAGCUCUGUUUUCUUCAGCAGACACAACUUUCUUGCCCAUCCCAACAGUUCUAGUUUCUCUACUUCCAACUACUCCAACGUUUUGAAUAGCAACAACAGCAACAACAAUAAUCUAGCUGUUAACUCAUCCUGGGUAGUAUUCUCACCCCGCCGAUCUGAAGAAGAACAAGAAGAUCCCCAAGACCCUCAAAACACUCAGCACAAUCUAGAUUACCAAAAUGAGCUUGACAGUCAAAAUUAUAAUAAUAAUCGUGUUAAUAGUUCUAAUAAUUUUGUUAACAGACCCAGGUCCCGAUCAGGCAGAUUUAGUAGAUCUAGUGGUUCAGUCAAUGGUCUAACUCAAUUUGAAAUAGAUCAAUUGGAAUUAAACACAACAUCCUAUGAAAUGGAAAAUUUUAGUGAAAUAUUGUCUUCAUCAAUACCAUCCAAUCAAAAUUUUGCUUAUUCUCCAGAUUCAAUACUUGGCUAUACUAAUAGAAACCAUCGAUAUAAUCAGAUAAAUUAUCAAGAAGGAGAAGGAGAAGGAGAAGGAGAAGAUGAGGUUUAUCAACAAUACGAGGAUUACGAAGACGAAGAAGACGAAUAUGAUGAUGAUGACAAUGACAAUGAUUCUCUAAUUGAAUCCUUUUCUUCAAUAAAUAAUCAUAACAAUAAUAA